AUGCCUACAUCGCACCUUCCCGUGGAGAUUCACAAUAUCAUCUCCUCCCACCUCGCCAGGGAUGACAUACUUAGAUAUCGGAGUGCAAGCAAACGUCUCGCUGAUAUUGGCGCACAGUAUCUAUUCAAAAGUCUCGUAUUCCACGCCAGUUAUCACAGCCUGGGCUGCAUCGAGAGCAUAGGGUACCGCGAACACCUGAGACAUUUCGUUGAGACUAUCACGUGGGACACUAGUUCGCUGGGCUUAGAUGUACUGAGCUUCGAUGAAUGGAAGCAUCGAAUCGGCAGCCUGACACCGCACCAGCUAUGGAUGCUGCGAGAGACGUGGGAGCGCGCGCAAUCCUCAGAACACGAGGACAUUGGAAAAUGUAAUAAUCGGUUUCUACGGGACCAGUAUGAGCGGUACAGAAACCUAGUCGCUGAAGGGCAGGAAGUACAAGACCUCCACCUGGCCGAACUCGCGGACCUCCUCGCCCCGUUUCCUAGGCUCACAAGCAUCAUCGUGGAGAAAAAGAGGUACCACGUCGCCAAUGCCACUUCAGAGAGGCUCGAAAUCUAUUCCAACGAAGGAUUAUUAAAGAGGAGCAUGUUGCACCACCACCGUUGGAUGCCGUACAAGCACUCGACAGACAUGUUUCCGCUCGUCGCUGCAUUAAAUGCCGCACAAGCUUCGGCAUGCCAGCUUGAAACGCGGAACAUCAACUUUCAUGUCUUUAGUCAGCCUAAUUACAUGGAGCAUCUGCAGCAUAUCCGGGUCUCGCAGAUCACACGACUGGAUCUCCGCUUUGCACUGCACGAUGCUACUUUCGACCCCCAAGAAUCCAGCAUGAACAUCAUGAAUUGCAAAACCGUCCUACGGCAAGGCUAUCUUCGUGACUUCCUCCGAAAGUUCGUAAGCCUGCGAUCGCUUAGCGUGGAUUUCGGGACCAGAUCUCUUGGUAACGGGCGUGCGCCAGUUAAUCUACAGGAUGUUUUCUCCAUGGAUCAAAGACACUCCUGGCCGCAUCUUCGCGAGCUCGCAAUCCACCACGCCGACACGCCAAGUCACACCAUCUCCGCCCUUCUCUCCUCUCACGCAUCCUCUUUGCGAGUCCUCUCUCUAGGCGACAUAUGCCUCGAUCCACCCGCUUCGUGGGAAUCCCUCUUCACCAGCCUCCAGCCUACCCUCUCGCUCUCCUCCGCCGCAUUCUCAUACUUCCUGUUCGACGCGCGGAUCGAGAGUUUUCUGCGGGGAAGAAGUGCGAUGUUAGGGUGGUACUGCGAUAACGAGGAGUGUGUGGAGGAGUCGUCUGAGCUAGGGCCGCGGUUAGAGGCGUUCAUGGUUAAGGGCGGGGUUUGCCCGUUGAGUGAGGAGAGGAAGGUCGUGAGGGUUGUUGGGCGGUUGGACGAUGGAAGGGUGGAGGACUGGGUUGCGGGUAGGAGGGUUAGCGUCGUUACUUGA